GCUCUCCGCCGAUCUCCGCUUCUACAUCAACUGGGGAGCGUAGCCAACCAGCCGAAGAUGGUGAAGGGACGCCAAGGAGAGCGAGUUAGACUCUAUGUUCGAGGGUCAAUCCUUGGAUACAAGAGGUCCAAGUCAAACCAAUACCCAAAUACAUCACUUAUCCAGAUUGAGGGAGUGAACUCCAAGGAAGAGGUUGCAUGGUACAGUGGCAAGCGCAUGGCAUACAUUUACAAGGCCAAGGUGAAGAAGAACGGAAGCCACUACCGCUGCAUUUGGGGGAAGGUUACCCGCCCUCAUGGUAACAGUGGGAUUGUCCGUGCCAAAUUCAAGUCAAAUUUGCCGCCCAAAUCUAUGGGAGCAAGGGUAAGAGUCUUCAUGUAUCCAAGCAACAUUUGAGAUUCUCAGGGCGCAUCGUGUAGUCUGAAGAGCGUUUAUUCAUAACUAGGAGGAGGCUGUUUUCUUUUAGUUUAAUUUAUGACCUUUUGUUCUGUUGAGCACAAUAGAUUGCUUGUUCAUGAUGUGGAAAGAUCUGCAUUAUUUCCCAUGAGUGUCAAUCAGCGUUGCGACAACCCUUGGUUUAAAAGAAGACUAGGUAUAUAUAUUAUGUUCUUUGUUGUCUGAUUUUUGAUAAAAUCAUGGCAAGAGUAUAAUUUUUCAGAUUAGCAUCGCAUUAUUGACUCAUUUCAGUAAAAUUCUUCCAGAUCAUGUUUUUAUUUGACGGCAAAGAUGA